UCAGCGCUCUGCAGAAUCAGCAGCAUCAACAGCUCCAAUAGCAAGGAUUAACCGCGUCAGUUUCGAAAAUGAAAGUGUUUGCCAUCGCCUGUGUGACCCUUUUGGCGGCCAGCUGCGCCUUUGCCGCCCCCAGUCUGCAAGACAACCGCGUCGAGGGGGACAACACUCUGGGCAGGGCGGCCAGAUACCUGGGCGCCUGCCUCGAGAGCGACGACAUGGCCACCUGUCUGGCCGUCAAGGGAAUCACCGCCCUUAAUCGGGCCGCCAGGAGCAACAACAUCGAGCUGGCCAGCGGUGUCACCUUCCAAAGAGAUCCAGCCAGCCCCGUUUCCCGCACCGGAAAAUCCCUGAGCGAGCAGGAUGUCUACGCCGAGCUGCCCCAGAAUGCCGAUGAGCGCACUGGCCGUCUAGUCGAUCUGGCCAUCUCCAGCGCCACCGACUUCCUGAGCAGCCACAACCUGGAGUUCAAGCUGCCCGCCGAGACCACCCAGCAGGUGGCCCGCGCUCUCGAUGAAGGCCGCGGCAAGAUCAAGAAGAUGAUUGGACCCCUGGCUCUGGCCAUCGGUGCUAAGCUCUUCGCUGUCAUUCCCCUGGUGCUCGGUUUCCUGGCCCUGCUCACCUUCAAGGCCGUGAUUGUGGCCAAGAUCGCCUUCUUCCUGGCCAUCCUGGUCGGCGGCUCUCGUCUGCUCGGCGGAUUCGGCAACAAGUUCGGAGGUAGCUCCUACGGAGGAGCCUACAGCUCGAACGCCUGGUCCGCACCUGCCAGCGCCGGCUGGAGCUCGGGAGCCUCCUCGUCCUAUCCCUAUGCCCGCAGCAUCAACGAUGAUGCCCAGCAGUUGGCCUAUGCCGGUCAGGAGCAGCAGCAGCAGUAAGGAGGAGCCAGGAUCUAGGUCCAGGUCAUGCUUGUCAGCCACAGAUGUGCCUUCGUUUUGAAACACCCUUAGCAUGUAGUAAUUUAUUCGAAGUGUAAUUAACUAAUUUAUUGCCGCACACAGCAAAAGCAACCGAAACAGCAUAGUCAAGUCGAAAUGUUUGAAUAAAACUAAGAGUAUUCCCAAAAACAAA